AUGUCGGAAGUGCAACAAAGUGUUAAGCACUUUGUAGCAGUUGUCGUCAAAAUAAAGGACCAAUCAGUAGACAGGCCGCUAGUGAUGGAAUUUGAUGAUGUGAUCCGACGCGUUGGAGAAUUUGGCAGGAUUCAGCUUCGGACGACAAUAUUUAGUGGUCUAGUGACAAUGUCGACAGCCAUGCAAAUGAUGGUAACAGUCUUUAUGCAAGUGUUACCGGCCCAUAGAUGCGCCAUUCCAGACCUGGCAAAUGACACCUUUGAAAUCCAGGGUACCUGGCACCAAUAUCUUCUCAACCAAACCAUUCCUGUAGACGAGAAUGGGAAGUAUGAGGGAUGUCUGUGGCGUAGUGAAAAUUAUCCCAGAAACAGUAGCGUGUUGCCGUGCGAGGACUGGGUUUAUGAUACAUCUGUAUUCCCGAAAACAUUUCCGACUGAAUUUGGCCUAUUUUGUGACAGUUCCUUGCUAAUAAAUAUGGCCAACGUGGUCUAUCUAUCAGGAGUGGCCUUGGGGGCCAUUGUCGGUGGUUUAGCAGCAGACUACAUUGGUCGCAAGCCUGUAUCUUUUAUCGCCUGUUUGGUACAUGGCGUAGGAGGAUUGGGAGCUGCUUUCUCACCUAACUACGGGGCUUAUGUUGCAUUCCGUUUCUUUGUUGGCAGCUGCCACGGAAUUCUUAUCAAUUCUGUCGUGGUUUUGUGUAUAGAAUUUGUGUCACCAAGAAGACGCAUGGUAUCCGUGUGCACAUUAGCUAUGUCCUGGGGUGUAGGAUUGGUGCUUACAACUCCUGUGGCUUACCUAAUACGGGACUGGAGAUAUCUACAGUUGGCAGUGGCCUUGCCAUCAUUCUUAUAUCUAGGGCUCUGGUGGAUAAUCCCGGAGUCACCUCGUUGGCUGUUAUCUCGAGGUAGAUACAAAGAAGCCGAGAGCAUAGUCCGAUGGGCGGCUAGAGUGAAUAAAAGGGCGAUUCCAGAAGUCGUUCAACUCUUGGAUGAACGUUCAUUGAAAACGACCCCCACUUUAAGUCCUCUAAAAAUUGUCCACGCACCAAGACUAAUGGCGAGGACGGCAGUUGCCGUAUGUGGCUGGAUUACAGUAAGCAUGUCGUGGUAUGGUCUUACACUUAAUCAAGGUUCCCUAGAUGGAGACAUAUUCAUCAAUGCUCUUGUCCUGUCUGUUAUCGACCUCAUUGCUUACUCAUUGUUGAUAUUCAUCAACAAAAUUGGUAGAAGAAAAGCAUACUGUGCCGGCAUGAUGAUCUCUGCUUUGUCCAUGUUGGGUACAAUUCCGGUUCAUUUCUUUGCAGACAGAGAGAGUCCUUCGACCAGUGGCGUCUUUACGAUUUUGUACACGAUAGGGAAGCUGGGC